UCAUGGCUAUAACUCUUUGCCUCAGGGGGAAACAAAGGAAAUUCCUAACUGGUGAACUGCUUCAAGGAUAAGGGGAGAAAGAUCUCUGAAACACCAUUACAGAUGAAACAAGAGAACCCCCAGAGUGGAGCGGCCAGUGGUCUCCCCUAUACACAGGAUUUAGCCAAAGAUCAGUCCCACCCAGAGAACCAGAUGCAGUUGAUCCACAAGAGCAUUAAUACAGACUCACUGGAGAAUUUGGGUACAGAUUCCGAGGAGAAGAAUUUCUCUCAAAAUAAUAGUUUUGCCGUAAACGAAAAAGGCUUGAAACCCUUCCCUUGUACUGAAUCUGCUAAAGAUCCCUCACACCAGCAACUCCUCACAGGGGAUAAACCAUUCACUUGUACAGAAUGUGGGAAAGAAUUCUCUCAAAAAAGCCACCUUCACUCACACCAGAAAAUCCACACAGGGGAAAAACCUUUCUCUUGUACAGAAUGUGGGAAAGAAUUUUCUCAUAGGUCCAGCCUUCACUCACACCAGAAAGUCCACACAGGGGAGAAACCUUUCUCUUGUACAGAAUGUGGAAAAGAAUUUUCUGAUAGUUCCAGCCUUCACAGACACCAGAAAAUCCACACAGGGGAGAAACCUUUCCAAUGUACAGAAUGUGGGAAAAAAAUUUCUGAUAGGUCCAGCUUUCAUAGACACCUGAAAAUCCACACAGGGGAGAAACCUUUCUCCUGUACAGAAUGUGGGAAAGAGUUUUCUGAUAGUUCCAACCUUCACUCACACCAUAAAAUCCACACAGGCGAGAAACCUUUCUCUUGUACAGAAUGUGGGAAAGAAUUUGCUUAUAAAAGCCGCCUUCACUCACACCAGAAAAUUCACACGGGGGAGAAAUCUUUCUCUUGUACAGAAUGUGGGAAAGAAUUUUUUGAUAGGUCCAGCCUUAACUCACACCUGAGAAUCCACACAGGGGAGAAACCAUUCUCUUGUACAGAAUGCGGGAAAGAAUUCUCUCAAAAAAGCAGCCUUCACUCACACCAGAAAAUCCACACAGGGGAGAAACCUUUCUCUUGUACAGAAUGUGGGAAAGAAUUCUCUCGAGAAAGCCACCUUCACAGACACCAGAAAAUCCACACAGGGGAGAAACCUUUCUCUUGUACAGAAUGUGGGAAAAAAUUCUCUCUUGAAAACCAACUUCAUUCACACCAGAAAAUCCACACAGGGGAGAAACCUUUCUCUUGUACAGAAUGUGGGAAAAUUUUUUCUCAUAGGUCCAACCUUCACUCACACCAGAGAGUCCACACAGGGGAGAAACCAUUCUCUUGUACAGAAUGCGGGAAAGAAUUCUCUCAAAAAAGCAGCCUUCACUCACACCUGAAAAUCCACACAGGCGAGAAACCUUUCUCUUGCACAGAAUGUGGGAAAGAAUUCUCUCGAAAAAACUACCUUCACUCACACCAGAAAAUCCACACAGGGGAGAAACCUUUCUCUUGUACAGAAUGUGGGAAAGAAUUUUCUGAUAGGUCCAGCCUUAACUCACACCUAAAAAUCCACACAGGGGAGAAACCUUUCUCUUGUACAGAAUGUGGGAAAGAAUUUGCUCAUAAAAGCCACCUUCACUCACACCUGAAAAUCCACACGGGGAGAAACCUUUCUCUUGUACAGAAUGUGGGAAAGAAUUUUCUAUAGGUUCAACUUUCACUCACACCAGAAAUCCACACAGGAAAGAAACCAUUUACUUGCACAGAAUGUGGGAAACAAUACACUUGCAAGAGCAGCUUUUGGUUACACCCAAAACAGAAAAGAAUCUUUCUACUUACAGAAUCUUUUUACUUAUACAGAAUGUGGCAAACAUUUUACUUUCCAUUAUAUUUUAUUAAAUAUAGAAUGAAUGUGCUUUAAAAAGUUUAAAAAAAUCAGCAGCUAGGCUGACCUGAAAGGGAACUGAAGCCUGUCUGUGCUUGUGUGACUUCAGGGCUGUGAUUGGCUCUCCCCUUCCUACUGUGCUUCUGGCAGGGACCAUUAGGACACGCCCACCCCUCAUUUUAAACACAGACAGGGACCAUAGCAGCUCUAUGGGGAGCUCUAAUAAAGGGGAUGUUUUUAAAGGAAAUUAACAUUUUAGCCCAGUUUGAAACCAGCACCAAAUGUAUAAAUAUAUAGAGCAGUUUUCAGCUGAUCGCAGAAUGGGGGAAAGACCGAGGAAGAACAAAUGAGAAGAGAGUGACGUGAAUUUUUAUCAUAUUAGGUUCUUCAAUUACAUGUAAAAUUAAAGUCUGUUCAUUACUAGAUGUUUUUGUUUGCUGAAUUGAACCCAUAUGUGAUGGUAAAAAACGAUCAAACUAUCUCUUUCCUGCAAUUUAUACAUUUCUUUGGUAAUAUCCCAAGAUUUUAUAUCUAAUCUAAUAUGGGAGAUUGUCUUCUUCUUCCAAGAAAGAAAAAUGAAAUUCCUCUCAGAUUUUGUGAAACAUUCCAUGUUAAAUUGGCAAAGCAGUGGGGAAACCUGGUAAUGAAGGAGAUUCUGUUUCAAUAAAGUUUUCUGAGUUUCA